AACAGGACAGGGGAGGGGGUGGGGGGAGGGCUUUGGCGUGGCAUGGCAGAGCACGGCGAGCUGCUCGGUGAGAUGGCCACGAUUGGGCGUCUGAGCGCCACGGAGCGCUUGAAGCAUGCCCAGAAGCGGCGUGCCCAGCAGCUAAAGGGCUGGGCCCAGAUGGACAAGGACAUGGCCCGUGGCGAGGGCAAGGCCGGACAGAAAAGCAACAAGAAGGGGCGCACGCGCAGGGUGGUCUUCCCCAACAACAUCACUCUGCUGGAGGCUGCAGCCCGCAAUGACCUGGAGGAGGUGAGGGAGCUGCUGAACGGUGGAGUCAGUCCAGAUCUGUACAACGAGGACGGACUCACUGCCCUUCACCAGUGCUGCAUUGAUGACUUUGUGGAGCUGGUACAGUGUCUGUUGGACGCCGGGGCCAGUGUGAACGCCUGUGACAGUGAGCUGUGGACGCCGCUUCACGCUGCUGCCACCUGUGGACACACAGACCUGGUGCGGCUUCUCGUGCAGUCUGGAGCAGAGCUGCUGGCUGUCAACGCUGAUGGCAACAUGCCCUAUGACCUUUGUGAGGACGAGGCCACUCUGGAGCUGCUAGAGAUGGUCAUGGCAGAGCAGGGUAUAACCCAGGACCGUAUAAACCGGUGUCGUGGGGCUAAGGAGAUGAAUAUGCUCACAGAUCUUCGAGUGCUGGUCCAGAAUGGAGCGGACCUGAACGCUCAGGAUGACAACGGGGCCACGCUGCUGCACAUAGCGGCGGCUAACGGCUAUUUGUCGGUGGGGGAGCUGCUACUGGAGCACCGGGCCAAGGUGGAGCAGAAGGACACGGACGGCUGGACACCACUCCACGCCGCCUCCUGCUGGGGACAGAUCCUGAUGGUGGAGCAGCUGGUGGCUCAUGGGGCCAGUCUCAACACCAAGUCUGUCCUGGAAGAGACGCCGCUGGAUGUGUGUGCUGACGAGGAGGUGAGAGUCAAGCUGAUGGAGCUGAAGCACAAACACGACGCAAUCAUGAAGAGUCAUGACCGACACAAGGGCACCUUGCAGAGACGAGCCUCCAGCACUGGCAGCAGAGGUAAGGUGGUGCGGCGUGUGAGCGUCAACGAGCGUUCCAGCCUGUACCGGCGGGAGCACCACAAGGAGGCCAUGGUGUGGCAGGAGAGAGGCCGGCAGAACGAGCCGCAGGACGACGACGAGGACAGACAGACGGACAACGAGCUCCACCAGCACGUUGCCAUGGCUGCAGGUACUAUGUCGAGGCUGGAGAAUGAGGAGGGAGCGGAGAGGAAGUCUAGUCUGGGGAACGGUGGGACGCCCCUUGCCCUCUCGGCGUCUGUCCCAGGGGAGAAGUGGAGUGGAGGCCGGAUGGACCGCAGUGCCUCCUACCAGCUGAGCCCUGCCUCAGGGUCUGGGGAGGAAAGGGACAACAUGACCCUGGAGAAAUCCCACCAGACUCUAGCGGACCUGAAACGCCAGCGGGCCGCGGCCAAGCUCAACAAGUACCCCGCCCCACCUCUACUCCCUCCCUCAGAGGAGGAACCUCCCUCUCCCACCCCUCUGCAGGAGGUGACCCCCUCCCGAGCUGUCCAGGAGACCCCCAGCACAGAGGAGGUGGCCUUUCCCAGCUCUGUGUACUUCACUCCAGCCAGCGGGGACCCACCCCUGCUCAAACUACGAGCCCCAGAGGAGGACACGUCCAACAACACCAAGGAGCCCUGCUGUGGAAUCAUGUAGAGACAUACGAACACUCCCAAGCCACAAUGUAGAGACACACAAACACUCCCAAGCACCCACUGCCUGACUGGAAAUGAGGGGAUGUGUAACACUCCUAUGUGGCAAACCGAUUUCAAGUCAAAACACUACGGUGACCACCAGAUAUACUUUUAAGGAUUCAUUGCAGUUUGAUUCGUUCUAAGCAUAUUAUUUGGUUCCGUCAAUGAUAUGCCGUUGAAUGUUUGGUCUUAACUCCAUUUUAGUAAAUGUAGUAGUACAUUUUAUCUUCUUGCACAGAUUUAUUUUAAACUCUCCUUCCUGAAAAAUGUCAAACAUUUAAUAUAUGAGCACUUAACAUAAUGUUCCUCAUUGCUCCUCUGAGGGUGUGGCCAGAUCCAUAUAUUUCCAUAUGGAUAUUGCUCUGGGUCUAUUUGGAUCUCAGGAGACCUUAUAUGGCCACCUGGUGGCUUUUUAGGCUGUGUGUGGAGACCUACAGAUACCAGUAUUACUCUUGCAAUAGCACUGAGUACUUUCCUCUUAAGUCCCUUUUUUCAUGUGUGUUUGGGGCAGUUCAAUAAGAGUUCUCACACUAGGAUGUAUCAAGCACAUACUAUAUGAAUUGGUCAUCUGACUUCAGUGAAUAAGAUGUGCUUAUUCAAAGCAGAAAGGGGCAAGAGCAGAAUGAACCAAACCUGAUUAUUAUGCUUUUUUUCAAGAUGAUAAUCGGACCAAUGAAUGAUCUUUCCUACUUAUGAUUGACUGAACAUGAUUUGAGAUGUGCACUAUUGAUUGAAGGGAAGCACAGAUUAUGAUCGAGAGUGAGGCGAUUUCCUAAAGUGAUUGAUACAAAAGGGUACAUGAUAGCAUUUAUUGAUCUUACAGUGCAUCCUGGAAGUAUUCAGACCACUUGACUUUUUACACAUUUUGUUUCAUUAGUCUUAUUCUAGUUUUUUCUCCCCCUCAAUCUACACACAAU